CCAAAGCUCCAAACAAGCCUUGCUUGCUUCUAGGGCUGGAUAAUCGCGCGGGGAGAACAGGCAUCGGCGUCUCGGCAUCGGCAUCGCGAUCUAGCGCCAGGUUCUUGAGCUCCAUUCGACUAGGGCUUUGGCGACGGGCGGCGCGCGCCGGCGAGAGAUGGAUAAUCAGGGCAUGGGAUCGCACAGCGAGCCAUUCUUUGACUUGCUCCAGCCCAACACGCCCUCGAUAGCUCAUGCCAGCGGCAGCAGCAGCUCGAAUUACGUCCAGAACGGGCCCCGGAGGAUGGAUUCUUCGCCGACUUACUCGUUCAACAACGACGAUGUUCUUCCGAGCUACGAUUUCCAGCCGCUUCGCAGCAACGGUAGCGGCGGCGGGGCACGCAUCGAGGAGGCCGGGGGCAAGUUUCGCCAGGCGAAUCCCUCUUUCGAGCAGCAGGUGCGCGAUCCUCCAGUAACUUACGAGAAGUAUGAGUCGACUCGAUCGAGGCAUGAGUUUGACAAGGAUGCUUACGACUCCGCCACUGCCGCUGCUGUGGAGCGUACCAUGAAGAAGUAUGCUGACAAUCUUCUACGUGUUUUGGAGGGGAUGGGGGGUCGACUAUCUCAACUGGAAGCCGCUACUCAGCGUCUCGAGGUUGCUUUUGAGAAGUCUAAGAGCGCCAACGCGAAUAACCACGGCGAGACUGAUGGAAGACUCCGGAUGCUAGAAAACAUGCUUCGCGAGGUGCAAAGAGGAGUACAGGUCGUGAGAGACAAGCAAGAGAUCAACGAGGCACAGUUUCAGCUGAAGCUGCAGCAAGAUAAAACCGAAGCGCCGACGACCAAAGUUGAGGUUCAAGCACCGCCGGUUGCUUCCUCACCGCAGCAGCCACCUCCAAUGCCGCAGCCUCCUCCAAUGCCGCAGCCUCCUCAAGCUAUCGAUUCCAGCGUCCAUCAGCAGCAGGCUCCGCCUCCUCCACCGCCACUUCCAGUCGUCCACCAGCCACCUAUCCAGCCGACUCACAUCCAGCAGUCUCCACAUCCUCCUCAGCAUGUACCUCACGCGAUCCAGCAACAGCAGCAGCCAUCUUACUCGUAUCCUCCACAGAACCCAGCAGCUCCGCCACCACCUCCGCCGCCACCAAUGCAGCAGCCUCACCCGCAGCCAUAUCCUCACCAGCCGGAAGCACCGCCAUAUCCUCCAGCCCCAGUUCCAGUCUCCCAUCCUCAAGGACCACCACCGCCACCACCGCACCACUCUCAAGCUCCUCCCGUCAACUACUCUCUCGACAUUCCUUCCUAUAUGCCACCACCACCACCGCCACAAUCUUACGGUGCUCCUCCGCCUCCUCCUCCACGGCAACAUCAACAGCAGCAGCAGCAGCAGCAGCACGGCCCUCCGCCUCCACAGAUGUACGACUCACUCCCGGGAAGAACAGGCUCAGGGCCGCUGGCAUUGCCUCCACCACCGUCAGCUUAUCAGCAGCAGUCAUAUGAGACCUCCGGCUAUGGUGGCGGAGGCGUGAACUACGGGCGGAUGCACAGCGGCGGAGGUGGUGGUGGCGGCGGUGGCUAUCCUCAUCUCCCAACAGCGCAGCCGAUCCAGCAGUCUCUUCCCAGCGCCAGGCCUGCGAGCCGGUCGGGUGUAGACGAUGUGAUCGACAAGGUUGCGGCGAUGGGAUUCCCGAGAGACCAAGUUCGUGCCACGGUCCAGAGGCUGACGGAGAAUGGACAGGCUGUGGAUAUGAACGUAGUGCUGGACAAGCUCAUGAAUGGUGGCGGGAGUGAUGCUGGUCCUCCAAAGGCUGGAUGGUUUGGACGGUGAAGAAGAAGAAGAAGAAGUCCUUUUAGAUUCUAUACCUAUUGGAGUGAAUGAUUUGUUCUGUACAUAGAGAGGUGUUCGUUCUUCUUUGUCUAGAAGCUCUUCUAUUCUUCAAAGAGAUUAAAAUGGCU